GGGACAACAGAUGGACACAGUCAUGGACUGACCUACACACACACACACACACACACACACACACACACUGGACACACACAUAUGUCAUCCUUCCUCUCUCCUCUUACUCAUUACUUCAUCACUCUCCCUGUGAGCAUUUAUGCUUCACACUCUGCAUCCGGUGUCAUUCAGGCCUCACUCCUGUCUGUCCACCUGUCUGUCCCUCAGGAUGAAGACUCCUCUCAGCCCCUCUCAGCUCCUGAAGAGGGGGCAGAUCUUUGCCUUUGGAGGGAUGUGUCAGGAGUUGAUGGACCCUCCAACACCUGCAACCAUCAGUCUUUCUGUCCAGCAGACUCCAUCCCCAGGUCAAGGUGGGGCCUAUUCGCUUUGUGAAGUGUGUAACCUGCAGCUGACCUCUGCUGCUCAGGCCCAGCUGCACUACAAUGGCAGGUCUCACCUCCGGAGAGUGAGGCAACUCCAGGCUAGAGAGACAGGACAACAAGCAGCAGCAGGGGUUCAGUCUAGGUCUCUUCCCCAGGCUGCAGGGCUCAGCUCCCAGCCUGCAGGACUCACUCCGACCUCAGGCCUCAGUCCAAGCCUUAGCGCUUCAUCCAGCAUGACAGCAGGUAGGACCAGUGCUACUAAUGCUUCUUCUACUACUGGUAUCCUGCAGAUGGACCCGGUGCAGAAAGCCAUCAUCAACCACACCUUUGGCGUUACCUUUAUACCCAGGAAGAAACAAGUCAUCUCGUGCAACGUCUGCCAGCUGAGGUUUAACUCUGAUUCUCAGGCAGAAGCUCAUUUUAGAGGCAGUCGUCACGCAAAGAAGCUCAAGUCUCAGGAGAACAAGACAAAGGCCAAGCUGUCAAUUACUGGAGAGACCAAUGGGAGCAUCACAAGUCCCGUUUGCCCCGCCCUUCCUGUCUCAGAUAACAGAAGCAACGAUCAGCACACAGAUCUCUUAUCUAGCCCCACGGACUCCUUUCCUCUUAAACCCUUCCUCCUCCCCUCCUUCUCCCCUCUCUCCUCUGCCUCCCCCUCCUCUAGCAGUGAGCCUCCUCCCUCCAGUCCUCCCACCGCUCUCCCCGCUUCAGGCCUCUUCUUCUCUUCCUCUUCUUCCCCCUCUUCACAAGCCUCUCCGCCUCAUCCUCUUCCAGCUCCUGUCACCUCCUCUUCAUCCCCAGCUCCUCCUCCUCCUUCUUCCCAGGCCUCUACCCAGGAUGCUCCUCUUUCAGUGGAGUCGGAGGAGGAAAAAGCGAAGAAACUGCUGUACUGCUCUCUGUGUAAAGUUGCCGUCAACUCUCUGUCUCAGUUGGAGGCUCAUAAUGCAGGCUCAAAGCACAAGACAAUGCUGGAGGCUCGGAGCGGUGCCGGGCCAAUCAAGGCCUACCCUCGAGCCGGAGCCAAGCUGAAGAACGGCAGCAUCUCUGCACUGAAGGGCUCCGGCCUGCAGAACAAAACCUUCCACUGCCAGAUCUGUGAUGUCCAUGUCAACUCUGAGAUCCAACUCAAACAGCACAUCUCCAGCAGGAGGCACAAGGACAGAGUGGCAGGAAAACCCAGCAAACCCAAAUACAGCCCUUAUAACAAACAGCAGCGCACCUCACUUACUAAGGAUUUGGUGAAGCCCUCCCUCUCACCCUCCUUCCUCUCCACUCCAUUUGCCCAUCCGCCCUCCUCCCUUACCUCCCCUCUCUCGCUACCUUCUUCCUCUCUCUCCUCCUCCCCUCUCCUCACUCCCAACUCCUCACCCCUAACCCCUACCAUCUCACUCCAUCCUCGUCCUCCAACCUCUUCAUCCCUCUUCACCGCCUCCUUCCUGCGUCCAGCUCCUGGACCAAUCAGAGCGAGCCAGGGAUCAAUCCUCUUCACUCCCUACUGAUGGCAGCGUUCGUGGUGAGGAGUCAAACUGUUGACCUUUGACCUCCAUUUUAUUGGAGACAGGGAAGAGUCAAGAAGAGACAUAAGCUCUGCCAUCAAGGCUGCAAGGAUUCAAACCUGCAACCUUCAAAAGGAAACUUGAAAGGACAGAAAUGCCUCCUUCUGUCUGGAUCUUCUUCUCGGGUCUGAUACUUCACAGCUGACACAACAGUAACCUGUGAUUAAUUUAUCCAAGU